GGCCAGCGCCAUCCGCGUGGCAGCUCUGGACUGCAUGGAAGAGAAGAACCAGGCCGUGUGCCAUGACUAUGACAUCCACUUCUACCCCACCUUCCGGUAUUUUAAAGCAUUUACAAAGGAGUUUACAACUGGAGAAAAUUUUAAAGGACCCGACCGAGAGCUGCGAACAGUCAGACAGACCAUGAUUGACUUCCUGCAGAACCACACGGAAGGAAGCCGGCCGCCUGCCUGCCCGCCCCUGGACCCCAUUCAGCCCAGUGAUGUUCUUUCCCUCCUUGACAACCGUGGCAGCCAUUAUGUGGCUAUUGUCUUUGAAAGCAACAGCUCCUACCUUGGACGGGAGGUGAUCUUAGACCUGAUCCCGUACGAAGGCAUCGUGGUGGUCCGGGCGCUGGAUGGGGACAAAGCAUUUCUGGAGAAGCUCGGUGUUUCCUCAGUUCCUGCGUGUUACCUGAUCUACCCAAAUGGGUCGCACGGAUUGAUUAACGUCGUGAAGCCCCUGCGGGCCUUCUUUUCCUCUUACCUGAAGUCAUUGCCGGAUGUGAGGAAAAAAUCGCUUUCCUUGCCUGAAAAGCCAAACAAAGAAGAAAAUUCAGAAGUCGUGGUUUGGAGAGAAUUUGACAAGUCCAAGCUGUACACGGCGGACCUGGAGUCAGGGCUGCACUACCUCCUGCGGGUGGAGCUGGCAGCCCACAGGUCCCUGGCUGGAGCAGAGCUGAAGACGCUCAAGGACUUUGUGACUGUCUUGGCUAAGCUGUUCCCUGGACGACCGCCAGUCAGGAAGCUGCUGGAGACGCUGCAGGAGUGGCUGGCCAGCCUUCCCCUGGACAGGAUCCCCUACAACGCUGUGCUCGACCUGGUCAACAACAAGAUGCGGAUUUCUGGAAUAUUCCUUACUAAUCACAUAAAGUGGGUUGGAUGUCAAGGAAGCCGAUCUGAGUUGAGGGGUUACCCGUGUUCUCUCUGGAAACUGUUCCACACUUUGACUGUCGAAGCCUCAACCCAUCCAGACGCCCUGGUUGGCACAGGCUUUGAAGAUGACCCGCAGGCUGUGCUGCAGACGAUGAGGAGGUACAUUCACACCUUCUUUGGGUGUAAGGAAUGUGGUGAGCACUUUGAGGAAAUGGCUAAAGAAUCCAUGGAUUCGGUGAAAACCCCCGACCAAGCCAUCCUCUGGCUUUGGAAGAAACAUAAUGUGGUGAACGGCCGCCUGGCAGGCCAUCUGAGUGAGGAUCCCAGGUUUCCAAAGCUUCAGUGGCCCACUCCGGACCUCUGCCCAGCCUGCCACGAGGAAAUUAAGGGCCUGGCCAGCUGGGAUGAAGGCCACGUGCUCACGUUCUUGAAGCAGCACUACACCCGCGACAACCUCUUAGACAUGUAUUCUGCAGACCAGGGGGAUUCCGGUGAAGGAGGAGCCCUGGCCAGGGGUGAGGAGGAGGAGAAAAGACUCGCUCCCCCAGAGAUGUCCCGUGGAGAGCGAGACGCCCAGAGCGUCCGUCCACCCAGUGCGCUGGGCCCCAGGCCUGCCCUUCCAGACAGCUUGCACCACAGCUUGGACGUGAAACUCCAGGAUCCGGAUGGGCCCGGGGCCCACAAGGAGGUGGGGGGCGCUGCACCCUUCCUCGGGGUUGACUUCUCCAGCCUGGACAUGAGUCUCUGUGUCGUGCUGUACGUGGCCUCGUCCCUGUUCCUCAUGGUGAUGUACUUCUUCUUCCGGGUGAGGUCCAGGCGGUGGAAGGUCAAGCACCACCACCCGGCCGUGUGAGUGCCCGGGCGCUGCCAGCCAUGGCGGAAGCUCCCUCGGAGGCAGCCCUGCCCUGUGCCACCUGCAGCUUUAACAUGAUCAGGGAUUUUAUAAACAUGUGGGCCUGCUUUCACGUCGGACGGCACCUUUUGGCUUCCAAGUCCUGGUUUUACGAACGCUCUUCUAACAAGGGAAGAACACGGGGUAAUUUUGUGGGGAUGUUUGCAUUCCUGGCAUACUCAAGUCUGUUCAUGCUCCUUUUGCAGGUCCUACAGCAAAAAGACUUCGGUAUUUUUACUCUUCUAGAUCUAAAAAAGAGGGUGGGGAGUCCAGGCCAAAUAGUGUACCCCACACACUUUCAUCUCGUUUCCUCGACUCUGCCUCAUCCUGCAAGGCCUUCUUUUUGUAUUUGGAGAAGAACCUCGCCC